GUGUUGCUAUCAAAGAAAGUAAGUAGUAGUAACUUCCAAUAUUUUGGACGUCAUUUUGAACACUCCGCAAUGAAAAUGGCGCGCUGCCCGCCAAAACAGCUUGCCCUAAAAGCUGAAAUUUAGGGUUUUAGAUUUCAAAAAUCAAACUGCACUAUUCUUUCUCUGGAGUUGAAAUUUCGCGUGAAGAAAUCCCUUCCUGCACUCUACCUCCAAUUUCGUCGGCGAGAUUGUAUCAGUAGCUCGAAAUGGCUUGGUGGGAAGGCUUAGAUGAAACUCGAGUUCUGAUUGCACAAGAUCCUUCUACUAGCGGGAAAAAUCAGGGUUCAUUUUUAUCACUACGGCAUCCGAGAACAGGGAACAAAGCGUGCUACCUCUGUGCUGAUGGGGUACUUCAAGAGCUUCACUGGUUUAAGCAAUCUUAUGGAUCCUGGUUCCUUGGGGAUUAUGUUUGUGAAGAUGGCCGUUUGUAUACUGCCACUCCCGUUGAUCCUGUUUUCAUUCUUUUGCCAGUCUUUGAGGAAGCUCGAAUGAAGAAAGGAAAUGAAGCAGGGAAGUUUAGGCAACUUGAUGAGAUUAUGUAUAUUCAUGGGUUUCCUGGAUAUCAAUCUCUGUCAUCUGUUGCAGAGAAGGCUAUGGAAGUUGUUUGUGAUCUUAAAGAAGUUGGGUCUACCAAGUUUUUCAGGCUCGAUGACUUGAAGGUACUGAAGUGGUUAUGUUAUAAGGUACAACAAUUGAAGCAGACACUACAGACAUUGGAUAAGAAUUAUGCUGCCCGAGAUGAGAAAGAUACAUUGUUUGACGCAGUGACAAUCAUCCGGGAGUACUUGAAGGAUGAGCCUUGGAUAAAUCUUCUAUGCAACAAAUUGAAAUUAAACGUAGAAGACUUGACAAAGACACAAGACGUCGCAGUGCUUCCGCCUUCCACAGGAAAUGAUCUCGGAUCAUUUACUUCGGUACAGGAGAGCAACGGGACGGGGAAGAAUGCCUCACGGACUACUAGGCAACAAGCGAAGAAGGCGAAAGUGGAGAAAGAUUCACAAAACAUCAAGGACAUGUUCAGCAGGGUUACUAGAAAGAGAGGACUCAGCAAUACCUCGGUGCAUGGACCGACGCAGAAACAAGCGAAGUGAUCAAAGUGCUUCAUUACAAAACUGGCGACGUAGACAAAGAUAUGUCGGACCCGCAGGAAGUGCGGCUCAUGCUCGAUGAAAUAGAAUCGUGCUUGGUUACCUUCACUCCUACUCAAUUUCGCAGGACUCGCGACGAGAUUCUGGGUAAAAUAAAAGAUUUCAUCAAGACGUACAACAGGUUCGUCUCUUUCAUUUCCAAAUCCCAGAUCAUCUACGAUGUUGAGUCCAACCUCGUUCGCGUCGAAGGAAUCUACGACUACAACAUGGUAAACACUCAUUACUAAACUCAGUACUGUUAUCAAAAAUCGGCGAAAGUGGAGAUCUGGACUUAUUUGGUAAUGAGUGUUUAUCCUGUUGUAGUCGUAGAUUUCUUCGACGCGAACGAGGUUGGACUCAACAUCGUAGAUGAUCUGGGGUUUGGAAAUGAAGGAGACGAACCUGUUGUACGUCUUGAUGAAAUCCUUUAUUUGACCCAGAAUCUCGCCGCGAGUCCUGCGAAAUUGAGUAGGAGUGAAGGUAGCCAAGCACGAUUCUAUUUCGUCGAGCAUGAGCCGCACUUCCUGCGGGUCCGACAUAUCUUUGUCUACGUCGCCGGUUUUGUAAUGAAGCACUUUGAUCACUUCGCUUGUUUCUGCGUCGGUCCAUGCACCAAGGUAUUGCUGAGUCUGAGCCAUUAGGACGAAAGUGGUGAGAGGAAGAAGUGAAAGGGUAGAUUUUUGCAAAGUGCGGCAGUGCCCGUCUAAAGCGCAUAAUAAUAAAUAUUAGGGUUCAUGAAUGCACGCGUCUCUCCGAAAUGACCGGCAUUCAAAGCGAUAAACAGUCGGUAUAUGAGAGUUAACAUGGCCCAAACGUGUGUCAGUUGAAAACAUUGACCUUCCUUUUUGUUGUUUCAUAGCUGGAUGCAUUCAAUUAAUGGGCGAGAUAUGGAUCGACGGGUCUUUUAAAA